AUGAGUCCCCUAGAAAGAGCCCUGACCGAUAUUGCUCUCUGGCUCGAAGUAUUACGAGAGAUUAAGCAAUUAGUCGAGAUAACUCCCGAAUUACAAGAGGGAGAAAAUAGACAAGCCAUUAAUGAAUUUCGGGAGAAAAUGAUUAAUAAACUCUUAGCCAAAGAACAAGAACUCUUAACCAUUAAUCCCCAGGCCCAAAACUUUUUGAAUUUGGAAAAAGAACGAAACGACAUUAAAAAAGAUGCCGAGGCUAUGGAUGAGUUUUUCCGCGAGGAGUGUGGUUUUGCUUCUUACCAAGAUGCCCGAGAGAAAUUAGACGGCCAAACUGUGCCCCAAAUUCUCCAAAAACUCCAAAUCAGCCGAGAAGUUAUUCAGACAAGUCCGAGUGCUAGUUCAGCAAUGAGAACAAGUAGCCCAAUGAGCCCAGGAAUUGGAAAAACUGGUAGAAGCCAGUGGCCGAACGGAUUUAUUUCAGCAGAACAAAAAGCUAAUCCAACAACUACUAACCCGACUCAAAGAAACAAUGUCAUGGUAGAACAUCCCAAUUUAAAUCCCCAAGAAAAAAAUCCCCAUAAAGACCUCUGGAAGGCCCUUAUUUUGGAGUUUUGUCAUAAUUACUUUAUCGGCAUUAGUCAUUUGUCCUGCUCCCGUGAUGAUUGCCCGUUAGUUCUCCAUUGGGACGACCUAGAAGAAAAGAACAGCAAAAAAGGAAAAUGUGCCCUUAUUCAAGUCAGCAAAAAAGAGCCUAAAUUCUUGGUGGUUGAUUUAGAGGAAAACGACGAAAACGACUGGGGAGAAAUGGAAAAAAUAGUAAUCCGUUAUAAAUCGGGGAAAACUCAACGAACCAGACCUCACGACUACCAAGAGCCCCAAAACCCCAAAAAAAAGGAAAUAUUUUUAAAUCCCAAGGAGUUAGUCUGCUUUUUCAAUAAUCCUACUCAUACCCCUAAUUUAAAAAGUAAAAAGAAAGUUUUUAUCCGUUGUGAGAAUGAGCCAGGAGAAGAAGCCCAAGGCAAGAAAGUUUCGGCAGCCGAAAAAGAUUAUAUUUUUUACUUGGCUAAUCCUGAUAUUACUAACGAAAUUAAGCAAAUGGAAAUUUACUCUCCCUCCAAAGGACCCGAAGAAAGGAGCCAAUUAUGA